GGCGGAGCGCGGAGGUGUUCCCGCGGGCGGAGGGCGGGGACCGGGCGCCCAUAGGCUCCCCCUGGACUCGCCCUGGGGAACUAGCCCGAACCGAUUACUUGCAGAGCGCUGUGGCCACUAGAUCGGCCGCUGUCACCGUGCCGCGUCCCGCCGCUCGCACCUGCAGCGCGUACCUGCCUCCUGCACCUGCCGCCCAGCGCGCAGCAGCCCGGCCCCAGCAUGGCGGACCAGGCGGCCUUCGACACCAAUAUCAGCACCUUGACCCGCUUCGUCAUGGAGGAGGGCAGGAAGGCGCGCGGCACCGGCGAGAUGACCCAGCUGCUCAACUCGCUCUGCACUGCCGUCAAGGCCAUCUCUACCGCGGUGCGCAAGGCUGGCAUCGCGCACCUCUACGGCAUCGCUGGCUCUACCAAUGUGACUGGUGACCAAGUGAAGAAGCUGGAUGUCCUCUCCAAUGACCUGGUGAUAAACAUGUUAAAGUCCUCAUUUGCCACCUGCGUUCUUGUGUCUGAAGAAGAUAAACAUGCCAUAAUAGUAGAACCGGAGAAAAGGGGAAAAUAUGUGGUCUGUUUUGAUCCCCUGGAUGGAUCUUCUAAUAUUGAUUGCCUUGCAUCCAUUGGAACUAUUUUCGGCAUCUAUAGAAAGACAUCAACUGGUGAACCUUCUGAGAAGGACGCACUGCAGCCAGGCCGGAACCUGGUGGCGGCCGGCUACGCGCUCUAUGGCAGUGCCACCAUGCUGGUCCUCGCGAUGGAGUGUGGUGUCAACUGCUUCAUGCUGGAUCCGGCCAUUGGAGAGUUCAUUUUGGUGGACAAGGAUGUGAAGAUCAAAAACAAAGGUAACAUCUACAGCCUGAACGAGGGCUAUGCCAAGGAAUUCGACCCUGCUGUCACCGAGUACAUUCAGAGGAAAAAGUUCCCCCCAGAUAAUUCAGCCCCCUAUGGUGCUCGGUAUGUGGGCUCCAUGGUAGCAGAUGUCCACCGCACCCUGGUCUAUGGGGGAAUCUUUCUGUAUCCGGCUAACAAGAAGAGCCCUAACGGGAAGCUGAGACUACUGUACGAGUGUAACCCAAUGGCCUUCAUCAUGGAGAAGGCAGGAGGACUGGCCACCACUGGAAAUCAAGCUGUGCUGGACAUCGUUCCCACCGACAUCCACCAGAGGGCGCCAGUCAUCCUGGGGUCCCCCAGCGACGUGAAGGAGUUCCUGGAGAUAUAUAAGAAGCACUUUGUCAGUAUCUGUUAAGUGGAGACAUACAAUGUCUCCCUUUCAUAGCCUGACUUGCUUCACUCAG